UUUUCUUCUACACUAAUUGGCUUCCUCACCUUUCCGUUCUCUCAGUCAGAUGGGCUCUUCUUUCCUCAUUUUAAACACCAUUAUAUCCCUAGCAAUAACUCUAGUCAAAGGAGACGCCGGUUUAAUCCAAAAAACUUGCAAAACCACCAAGUACUACGACCUAUGUGUCUCCUCCCUCAAAUCCGAACCGACCAGCGCCGAUUCCGACACAAAGGGCUUGGCUAUGAUCAUGGCCGGGGUCGGAACGGCUAAUGCCACGGCCACAUCGACCUUCUUGUCCUCCCAAUUGCUUACUACUACAAAUGACGUUAUCAUGAAGAAAGUACUCAGAGAAUGCUCCGACAAGUACGCCCAUGCAACCGAUGCACUUCAAGCUUCCGUCGAAGAUUUCGUGUCGGAGCUGUAUGAUUAUGUGUACUUGCAUGUAAUGGCGGCGGCUGAUUAUCCGAACGCUUGUCGUAACGCUUUUAGAAGGUACCCGGGAUUGGUAUAUCCGCAAGAGAUUGCACGUAGAGGGGAUGGUUUGAAGCAUAUUUGUGAGGUGGUGUUAGGCAUCGUUGAUCAUCUUGCUUCGUGAUUUGUUCUGGUUUCUCACAUGCAAAUAAUUAACUUUGCUUGGUUUGUGUUUAUUCCUAAUCAUUGUCCUUUUUAUCUGUUUGUCAUCCAUGUCUAGGUAGGGUGGACCCAUAAAAUAAUACUAUAUUUUAGAUGUUUCAAUUCUAGUA